UCCAAACAUAACGCGCCACGGAAAGCAUGCAGCAAGGGGGACCCCCCCGCGCCCCGCCUCGGGGGCAGCCUCCUCCGGGGGCCGGGGGCACCCGAGGCCACAGAGUCCCCGCCUUCCAACAUAAGACCUGGGGCUUAGUCCUAAUCAAAGACUGCGAGCAAGACCUCGACCCCGAGGCCAAGGGAGGCUCCCCUACAACCUCGACCGUGUUUUCAGUCUGGAACCCGGACUGUGCCUCACGGCAGUCCCCCAAUCUCCAUUUCCAAGGCCUUUGUCCUCCCCACAGCUCCUCUCCGGAUCGAGUCCCCUACUUCCACAGACAGCACAGCCGCUCCCACAGCCCGUUCCGAAGCCCCUCCCUAAAGCGAGCCUCCCCCCACCAUGAACACAAUAGCUGUUCCCCCACCCCGCCUCGUAGCCCCUCCCCAAAGCGAGCCUCCCCACGCCACGAACACCGAAGCCGCUCCCCCGCCCUGCCCCGUAGCCCUCUCCCGAAGCGAGUCUCCCCCCACUGCGAACAACGGAGCCCCUCCCCCGCCCCGCCCCGCAGCCCUCUCCCGAAGCGAGUCUCCCCCUACUGUGAACAACUGAGUCCCCUCCCCACCCCGCCCCAUAGCCCUCUCCCGAAACGAGUCUCCUACCAACGUGAACAACGAAGCCCCCGCCCCACCCCGCCCCAUAGCCCUCUCCCGAAACGAGUCUCCCACCAAGGUGAACAACGGAGCCCCCGCCCCACCCCGCCCCAUAGCCCUAUCCUGAAACGAGUCUCCCACCAAGGUGAACAAUGGAGCCCCCUCUCCACCCCGCCCCAUAGCCCUCUCCUGAAACGAGUCUCCCCCCACUGGGAACAACGGAGCCCCAUCCCCACUCCGCCCCAUAGUCCUCUCCCGAAACAAGUCCCCCACCAAGGUGAACAACGGAGCCCCGUCCCCACCCCGCCCCAUAGCCCUCUCCCGAAACGAAUCUCCCUCUACUUUGAACGAAGCCCCUCCCCCGUCCUGCCCCGUAGCCCCUCCCCAAAGCGAGCCUCCCCACGCCACGAACACCGAAGCCGCUCCCCCGCCCCGCCUCGUAGCCCCCUCCCAAUGCGAAUCUCCCUCCACUGUGAACCACGGAGCCCCUCCCCCGCCCGGCCCCGUAGCCCUCUCCCGAAGAGAGUCUCCUACUACUGUGAUCAACGAAGCCCCUCCCCCGUCCCGCCCCAUACUCCCUCCCCGGAGCAAGCCCAUCGUCACCCUGAAUACCCCAGACGUUCCCCAGUCUCGCCCCGCAGCCCCUCCCCGAAGCGAGCCUCUCCCCACCGAGAACACCGCAGUCCCUCCCCCGGGCGAGCCUUCUCGCCUUGUGGCCACGCCCCCCCGAAAUCUACCCUGGCUUCGGGAGGCCCCGCCCCCGUCUGCCACCAGGCCCCCGAGAAAGCCUCCCCCGCCUCCCCGUGCUCUGAGAACUUGCAGAGUUUGGAGCUGCUUCCGGGACAGAGGGCGGAAAAGAUGGCGGCGCCCAUGGAGCUGUACUGCUGGGCUGGGGGCUGGGGCUUGCCGUCUGUGGACCUGGACAGCCUCGUGGUGCUGACCUAUGCCAGAUUCACUGGGGCCCCUCUGAAGGUGCACAAGAUCACUAACCCCUGGAGGAGUCCUUCAGGAACUUUGCCUGCUCUUCGGACUAGUGAGGGUGGAGCUAUCUCUCAACCACACAAGAUCAUCACCCAUCUAAGGAAACAGAAGUACAAUGCAGACUAUGACCUUUCAGCCCGGCAGGGGGCAGAUACCUUGGCCUUCAUGUCACUGCUUGAAGAGAAGCUGCUGCCUGUAUUGAUCCAUACUUUCUGGGUCGAUGCCAAGAACUACGUGGAGCUGACUCGAAAGUGGUACGCCGAAGCCAUGCCCUUCCCCCUCAACCUGUUCUUGCCAGGCCGAAUGCAGAAAAAACAUAUAGAGCGGCUCCAGCUCUUGUGUGGGGAACAGAGGCCUGAGGACGAAGAGGAAGUAGAGAAAGAGCUGUAUCGAGAGGCCCGGGAGUGCCUGACCCUGCUCUCUCAGCGCUUGGGCUCCCAGAAGUUCUUCUUUGGAGACUCGCCUGCCUCCCUGGAUGCCUUUGUCUUCAGCUAUGUGGCCCUGCUGCUUCAGCCUAAGCUACCUAAUGGGAAACUACAAACCCAUGUUCGAGGGCUGAGCAACCUGUGUGCUUAUUGCACCCACAUCCUCAGUCUCUACUUCCCUUGGGAUGGAGCUGAAGCACCACCUCCACGCCCAGCACCUUCAACUUCAGAGUCUGAUGAAGAACCGUACCGGCGAAGGGGGCAAAUUCUGUCCGUGUUGGCUGGCUUGGCAGCCAUGGUGGGCUAUGCCCUGCUCAGUGGCAUUGUCUCUAUACAGCGGGCAAGCCCUAGUAGACCAUCAGGAACCCGGGCCUUGGGUAUUGCUGAGGAAGAGGAAGAUGAAUGACAUCCUGAUGUUGUUCCCUGAACUGACUUUUCUACUGCUGUGCAUUCCAAAUGACCACUGUCUGCCCCCAUGUUGGGCACUUCGAGAGAUGGAGUGGCCAUUUCCACCCCUUGGAAUAAAUCUGCUCACAGUG